GAAUUUGGAUGAGAGGAAGCUAGGAUUAGGUUUUACCUGCUUCUACAUUAUUUCUUUCUAAUACCUUCUAUCAGAGAAAGAGAUCAGAGCUGAAGAGAUGGCUUACCAUCCAUGGAUAAUUGUCUCCGGUAUUCUAGGUAACAUCCUCUCUUUCAUGGUGUACCUUGCGCCUCUGCCUACAUUUCUUCGGGUUUAUAGAAAGAAAUCGACUGAAGGGUUUCAAUCAAUUCCUUACGUCGUUGCACUAGUAAGCGCUGUGCUUUGGAUAUACUACGCCACACUAAAAUCCAAUGCUUUCCUUCUCAUGACCAUCAAUUCCUUUGGUUGCUUUGUGGAAACUAUCUACACUGUUGUCUUCAUCAUUUACGCACCAAAGAAAGCUAGGAUUUUGACUAUGAAGCUGCUGCUUCUGUUCAAUUUUGGGGGCCUUCUCUUGAUCCUUCUUCUUACACAUUUCUUUUCCAAAGGACCAAGCCGGAUCCAUAUUGUUGGAUGGUUUUGUGUAGUAUCAUCAGCCGGUGUUUUUGCAGCGCCUUUGAGCAUAAUGAGGUUGGUCGUUCGCACCAAAAGCGUUGAGUUCAUGCCAUUCGCUUUAUCAUUUUUCCUCACCUUGAGCGCCAUUAUGUGGUUGAUCUAUGGCGUACUUCUAAAGGACUUCUAUAUAUCUCUCCCAAACAUAAUCGGAGUUGUUUUAGGGAUGAUUCAGAUGGUACUAUUCGUAGUCUACAAAAAGUACAAGAACAUCGAAAAUGAGCAGAAGCAAUUACCAGUACAAGUUGCGAAUGGAAAGAACUUAGCACCCAUAAAAGCUUCCAAUAAUACGGACUCCUCGCUGCAAGUUUCAGGUGAUGUUGGAGUGGGUAGAGAUGAAAAUCCGCAUGAUCAUCCGUUACAACAUAGUCAUAAAAGCAUGGAAAGCACCAAUCAAGCUGAAUCCGGAGAGUGUGCUGUUUGAUUUGCCUUUUACAUUGCAUUUGUAGUAUGCUAUAUAAUUAAGUAUAAUUGUAAUUAAAGCCAAGUAAGACGGGAGCAACCAUUCAAAUGCUUGGACUCCUGGGUUUAAGGCUUCUUUUUUAAACUGAUCGAUGCUGUUUCAUCUGCA